AUGUCUGCAGUCCUCAUCACCGGCGCGACCGGCUUCAUCGGCGCCCAAGUCGCCCUCCGCACCCUCGAGGCCGGCCACACAGUCCGCUUCGUCGUGCGUCGCGAAGCGCAAACCAGCAAGAUCCAAGCCCUCUUCUCCACAUACGCCGACAAAAUCAGCUUCGUCGUGAUCCCCGACAUCACGGUGUCGGGUAGUUUCGAUGAUGCCCUCCAGGGGAUCGAAUAUGUCAUCCACGUCGCUUCGCCUUUGGCAAGCGCGGGCGGCGAUCUGCUCCAGCCGGCGGUGCAGGGCACGCUCUCGGUGCUGGAGUCGGCGUUGAAGGCCUCGAGUGUCAAGAGGGUUGUUGUGACUGCUUCUGUGGUAUCGCUGGUCUCGCUGGGGCCGAUUGCCGAUGGGACUGUUCUCCGAGAGGACAAUGAAAUCGACUUCACAAUCGACAAGGAGGCCCUGCCCAGUCAGUCCCCCUUUACGCAAUACCACGCCAGCAAACUCGCCUCCUACAAAGCCGUGCUCGACUUCCAGGCGACGCAAAACCCGCAUUUUGAAAUCAUCACCAUCCACCCCGUCUACGUCUUUGGCCGCAGCCUAAUCCAAGAAUCCGCCGCCGACCUCGCGGGCACAAACGGCCUGCUCUUCCAGGCACUGAUGACGGAGACGAAUGCCUUUGGGCACUUCCUCGGCGUCCACGUUGAUGAUGUUGCGGUUGCGCAUGUGCGGGCACUGACAGUCAAGAAGAAUGAGGGGGAACCCGUGCAGGCGUAUUUGCUUGCGGGCGAGAAGAAGUCGUGGAAAGAGGUUUACGACUUUGUCAAGAAAGAGUUUCCGUCUCUGCCAAUUAAGCUGGAGCCCGUUGAUCGGUCCAACUAUGAGGUUGAUGCCUCGAAGGCGGAGAGGGAGUUGGGCAUUCAGUUCAAGGGGAUGGAGGUGCAGGUUGGCGAAGUGGUGAAGCAGCAGUUGGAGCUGAGGGGGUCUGCUUGAAUGUGACUAUGGUUGGGUCAUAAGUUGUUGGUCUGCAAUUGAUUUUGAUGAUACAUAAUUUCAUGUAUCGGGUAUAUCCAUCAUCUAUCUUAAUC